AGGUAAAGUUCGUCCGUUAAAUAUUUCCAAAUGGUUACUAGUGCCUAUUUACGAAAAAGAAUCACGAAUUUGGUUAAGUCCAAGAAAUAUAAUCACAAGUGUAAAUACAAAUUUCGAUUCCGAUCUUCAAAUUGUGGUAAGAGCAAAUCAUUUCCUUGUGUCGCGAUGGAGCCUUUAGAAAUUACUACGAAAGAAGAAAUCUAUGAUGAUGCUCUUCAUGAAGCAUGCCUAAACGGCACGCUUGAAUCUGUGAAAAAGAUGGUGAAUUCGAAAAAAGUUUAUAUCGAUUGCGUGAAUAAAGAGGGUAUAACUCCCUUGGGUGUAGUCGUGCUGAAAUUAUAUGCUCAUAGACCUGUAGACAUGGAUUGGUCCACCGUUGAGGAUCUUGAAGAAAAACUCAAAUUGCUGCUGAGAAAAGGUGCGGAUCCUUUGAAGAAGUUAAGCAGAGAAACAACGGUUGCUGAAUUUAUAUUUCGAGGAGAAAUUAUGCUGUGUGUCCAACCCUCAGUGGCGGAUCUACUCGUGAGCGCACCAAACUGGGGCUACCUUGGACAUCAUGGAGGGCCUCGAAAAUCAAAAAAAUAUCUCACCCUUUACCCCAUAAGAAUUGCGAUACUUUCUCAUCGUUUACCAAUCUUUCAGAACAUGAAUGAAUACGAUUAUAUUAUAUUAGAUGGACUGAAAAUAAACUUUUUUGAAUUUCAAGAGACUUAA